UCAACAAUAUUUUUUGAACGGCGAUAGUCGCGCUUUUAUCGAUAUCACUGAAUUAUUUAUUGUGAAAACAUCUCCACAGUCUCCCUGUGUUUAUAAUGGAGUCUGGCGGCUAGCUGGUUAACAUUAGCCUUUAGCCUUUAGCGUAACCACUGCGGUGGAGACGACUGAAGGUUCCGGUUGACACACGGACACAAACAAUCCGGAGCACGAAGCGUAAGAAGUGAGCCGUUUUAUUUUGCUGCACUUUAAUUCUGAGGUUCGUCCCUGUCUCACAUGGAGUCCCUCAACACGUUUGAAUCUGAGAUGGAGGCUGAUGGACAGGGGAACUACUCUCUGUUUCCUGCUCUGGACAGCAUCGCAAGUCUGUCAGGGACUGCAGAAACUCUGGAGAGCGAACCGCCCGGUGAAAUUUCGGAGAAGCCAAACCUCACAUGGCUGGAUGCUGCACAGAUUGUCUUGGAGGAAGCGGGACGUCCCAUGCACAUAAAGGAGAUUAAACAGAGAAUCAUUGACAGAGGACUUGUUCAAUCUAAUGCAAAGUCGAGCCUGGAGGCGGUCAUGUACCGUGAGACACAAAAAGGAAGCAGGAGAUUCAAGAGGAUUGAGAACAGAAACGGAGUCUUUGCUCUGCUGACGGAUGAGGAGCGGCAGCAGGCCCUGCAGACCUUCACCUCCCAGUCUUUCCUCAGCUCUCCGCAGCAGAAUACCGUCGGCAGCUCUGGCUCAGGGGCCUCGGGAGCCGGCUUUCCAUCCCCUGCCAGUUCCUCUGAGCACAAGACCAAGGCGAAGAGAGUUUCUCGAAAAACCCAGAAUGAAAAGUACCGGCUUAAGUACCUUAGGCUGCGCAAAGCAGCUCGGGCCAUGAUAUUUGAGAAUGCAGCUGUCUGCGAUGAAGUUGCCCACUUGGAAGAGAAGUUUCUGAGAGCGAAGGAGGAGCGAAGGUUUUUACUGAAAUCCUUGUUGCAGUACCAGUCCUUGUCAGAGGGGGAGAUUCUGCCCACACCCAGCUCAAGCGCUCAUCCACCUGUUCCACCUGUGGCACUAACAUCAGUACCCACAGGUGCUUCGGGCCUGUCUGGGGGACACAACCUGGCAUCAGUGGUGUCAACAGGGGAAGAAGGUCCUCUUAAAAAACCCAAGAAGGAAAGGAAAGAGAGGGGGAGGGAGAAUGGAAAGGAAGAAUUGCCGAAGAAGAUGACUAAGAAGAGAAAGCUAAUGGACGGGUCUCGGAAGCUGGUGCAGCCCAUCUCUCUGGACUCAUGUGGUCGCCCCGUCUUUCCCAUCGUCCUGGGAGGUUUAACAGUCUACAGUCUUGGGGAGAUCAUUACAGACAGAAUGUUGUUCCAUGAUGAGUGUGCCAUCUACCCAGUGGGCUUCUGCAGCACACGAGUCUUUGCCAGCAUGAAGAACCCCGACCAGCAGUGCCUUUACACCUGCCAAAUCAAGGAUGGGGGGACAGGUCCAAAGUUUGAGAUUGUGCCUGAAGAAGACCCUCAGAAUGCCAUCAUGGCCUCCUCUGCCCUGACGUGCCACUCCAACCUCCUGAAGGCCAUCGCUUCUGUCAGCUCAUGUCCUUCCCCUAGUUCCAAGUGUGUGGUGCCCAUCGUGCCAUCAGGAGCAGACUUCUUUGGUUUCUCUCACCCCACCAUCCAGAAUCUCAUCCAGAGUUGUCCUGGAGCACGCAAAUGUACCAACUACAGAUGGAUCCGUUUCGAGGUGUGUCGCCCAGGUGAUGGCCAGGUCCCUCACAUCCUUUCAGAGGACGAUGCCUCUGUCAACUUUGAGGCCUACCAGAGACACCAGUGCUUUGAAGAGAACAACAAGACGGAACAUGUCACAGGACAGACACCGCAGUCUCCUAGUUCCUCUCAUCAGCACCACCUGACUUCCCCCACCAUGAAGCCCUCGACCUCAUAUUUCAGCUCCUGAUUCUGGUAGUGCCACUGAAGUCUUACUCGAUGGUGAACUUUACUUUUGUAUUUACAACCCUAUUUCAAAAAUACCUUCCUGUUUAAGUCAUUCAUGAAAUAGCAGCAUCAUGAUAACUUGUUGAUGUUGAUGAUAAUAUAAUAUAGUUGAUGAUAAUAUACUGGAAAUGGAUGGUGAAUUAGCUCUGUGCUUAAUGUGAUAUCCCAAGACCUCUUAGUAGAAAUUACAUUCUAUAUUCUCUGUACAAACAUACAUGGUUUUAUAAUCCUAGUUUACUUUAUAUUUAAAAAGUAAUUAACUAUUUUACUAAUUGGGGGUCUCAGGAAAAUCUAAAUUGCUGGUUAUUAUUCUGUCCCAUGUGCACACUUUGGUUCAAGGCAUCCUAUUGCCUUUCUAUUUAAAGUUUUGCAAUUAAAGUGUACAUUUUUCUUAAA